ACACACACACACACACACACACACACACACGCACACACCAGAAGAUUAGCACUUGGGCAGAGGACACCAUUGAAUUCCUUAACACAGAGCAGUCAGAGCUUUGAAGAGGCUCCACUCUAGUCUGGCGGUUUCCACAGAGCGAGGGUUAAGUGCAGACUUGGAGAACAGUGAGCGACAGAGGAAGUCUCAGCGUUGAUCAACAAAGGACCUGUGGUUCAGUUGGUACUGGGGGGGGGUUAGAUUUGAUGAUCUUGCCCUGGUUACUGUGGAAGAAUGAAGAGCCCUGAACUGAAGCGUUCCCAGUCUUUACAAACCGCCCCGAUGCCCCCGGGCAACGCCCUUCAAACCAGCCAGACGGGUUCCUCCCAGCCAUGCUGUUCUCAGGGCACUUUAAUACAGAGCGACUGUACAGUGCAGACCUGCUCUGACAGCGCAGACCUUGAGAUCUAGCAAUAAGAAAGCAAAAAUACGUUGAGAGACGAAGGAGGUCUCAGCCUUAGUCCACACAGGGUCUGUGGUUCUCUUGGUACUCAGGGAGAGUUGGGUUUGAAGAUCUUGCCCUGGUUACUGUGGAAGAGAUGCUGAAGCUAUUCCCAAAGAGCGAGAUGGACGAGGGCCUGCGGCAGCUGGCCGAGAGGGUGUACGCCUGCGCCCUGAAGGAGGAGAACAACCGGGAUGCCCUGGCCCUGUUCACCGUCCCCGAGGACUGCCCCAUCGGCCUGCAGGAGGAGCGCGAGAGGGAGAUGCAGAAGGGCCUGAAGGAGCAGCGGUCCGAGGAGUCGGCCAGGAGAAUGAAGAGCUUUAAGAUGAAGCGUUCUCAGUCUCUGUUCUUACAAUCGGAGCCGCACCUCCCCGGCCCGGCCACUGGCCAGGCCCCGCCCCCAGAGGACCUCCCAGACUACCAGAGAGUGACCAUCAGUGGGGAUUACUGUGCGGGGAUCACGGUGGAGGACUAUGAGCAGGCCUCCAAAAGCCUGCUGAAAGCUCUCCUGAUCAGGGAGAAGUACUCCAGGCUGGCCUUCCACCGCUUCUCACGGACCACAGCGCACUUCCUCCGUAGCGCAGAGGACCGCACCUGGAGCCAGGAGGACGAAGUCCUGCCAGACGUCAGCCCCUGCCCGGGGCCGGGCCAGGACCCCUACUCCCUGGAGGACCUCCCAGAGGACCUGGGCUACCUGCUGCAGAUGACGGACGGCAUCGUGCGUGUGUACAGCAGCCCAGAGGCCCUGGAGCAGCAGCAGCCCCGGGACCUCCCCUACCCCGACCUGGAGACCUUCUCUGUGGACAUGGGCCAGGUCCUCGCCAUGAUCGUGGACGGACCCACAAAGACCUACUGCCACAGAAGGCUGAACUUCUUGGAGUCUAAGUUCCAUCUCCAUGAGAUGCUGAAUGAGAUGGCUGAACUGAAGGAGCUGAAGAAGGUCCCACACAGAGACUUUUACAACGUCAGAAAGGUUGACACACACAUCCACGCAGCUGCCUGCAUGAACCAGAAACAUCUGCUGAAGUUCAUCCAGACAACGUAUAAGACGGAGGCGGAGCGCGUGGUGCUGGAGAGGGGCGGGGAGAAGCUGACCCUGGGCCAGGUGUUCCAGAACCUGGCCAUGGACCCCUACGACCUCACCGUGGACUCCCUGGACGUGCACGCCGGAAGACAAACAUUUCACCGCUUUGACAAGUUCAACUCCAAAUACAACCCUGUAGGGGCCAGCGAGCUGAGAGAAAUCUACCUGAAGACAGACAACUAUAUCAAUGGAGAAUACUUUGCACGCCUGAUUAAGGAAGUGGCUCACGGGCUGGAGGAGAGCAAAUACCAGCACGCCGAGCCACGCCUCUCCAUCUACGGACGCUCUCCAGACGAGUGGCGGACCCUGGCCUCCUGGUUCGUCCAGCAACGCCUCCACUCCCCCAACCUGCAAUGGAUGAUCCAGGUCCCCCGCAUCUAUGAUAUUUUCAGGGCCAAGAAGAUCAUACCAAACUUUGCCAAGAUGUUGGAGAAUAUCUUCCUCCCACUGUUUGAGGCCACAGUCAACCCACAGAAGAACAAGGAAGUGCACUUGUUUUUAAAAUACCUGACGGGGUUCGACAGUGUGGACGACGAGUCCAAACACAGCGACCACAUGUUCUCCUUCAGUAGUCCCAAGCCUGAGAGCUGGACCUCCGAGGAGAACCCCCCCUACAGCUACUACCUCUUCCACAUGUACGCCAACAUCAUGGUGCUCAACAACCUGCGCAAGGAAAGAGGCCUGAACACCUUCCAGUUCCGGCCCCACUGUGGCGAGGCUGGAUCCAUCACCCACCUAGUGUCCGCCUUCCUCACCGCAGACAACAUCUCCCACGGCCUCAACCUAAAGAAGAGUCCAGUGCUCCAGUACCUCUACUACCUCUGCCAGGUGCCCAUCGCUAUGUCCCCUCUGAGCAACAACGGCCUGUUCCUGGAGUACUCCAAGAACCCUCUGCGCGAGUUCCUCCACAAAGGCUUGUGUGUGUCCCUGUCCACUGACGAUCCCUUGCUGUUCCACUACACCAAGGAAGCAUUGAUGGAAGAGUACGCCAUCGCCGCCCAGCUGUGGAAGCUAAGCACUUGUGAUGUGUGUGAGAUAGCAAGGAACAGUGUCCUGCAGAGUGGCCUCUCACACAAGGAGAAACAGCACUUCCUGGGUCCAAAUUACCUGCAGGACGGCCACCAGGGCAACGACAUCCGGCGGACCAACGUGGCCCAGAUCCGGCUGGCGUACCGCUACGAGACGCUGUGCAACGAGCUCAGCUUCCUGGUGGACGCCAUGAAGAUGGAUGCUGCCACUACACCCAUCCCGGACCAGUGAUGUCCGCCUUUCACAUUCUACCAGUGCAUACAGGUCACCUGACGUAGUGAAUUGACGUCGGCACUGGCUUAAUGCUCCUGCUUUAUUAAGCGCCAUGAUUUAUUAUGUGAUUUAUUUUGAUUGACCAUUUCAGAACUUUUUCAAAAUCAAUAUAUUUUUGACAACACAAGUGAGACUUUCAGAUGCAGGAUGUUCCAACAGAACAGCCUACAAGUUGAGACCAGUGGACUUCAACUGGUCAAUAUGAGCAGUUGACACUGCACUAUUUCUGUUUGAGUUUGCUGCCACCUAAAGUUCAACAUCCUCCAUCCUUAACUGAGCUGUAUUUUUUAUUUGAAACUAUGAUUAAUAAAGCAUAGCGUUAUUUGAAAAAGUUGGGUUUUCUAUUUGUGCUCACAGUAACAAUACCGGAAACUUCCGUACCUGAAGGGUACUAACUGAUUCAGCAGCAUAGAGUCGCAACAAUUGUGACUCUGCUGCUCACAAUACGAAUAUGUACCUGUGCUGGCGUUCUUAGGCCUUAGUUUGAGCAGGACUAAGGUUCCAUAUGGGUCUUUUUGGACUUCUUGUCCAUAGACCGAUUUUCACGCGUUUUUUCGUCAUACGUGUAGCUAUGAUAAAGGACACAUGGUUUAGCGUGUUUUAUUAUUCAUAGUUGGCUUAACAGUAAUAGAAUAUUCUUAUAUGCUACAAGUGACCAGACGUCCGAGAUCAAAACUGGGAACCAGAGAAGGGGAAAAUAACGGUCAGCUAUUUUUAAGUUGAAGCAACAAUAUAUGAUUACUUUAGGCUAAACAAUUUAUGAAUUUGAAUACAUUAGAUAUCUAUAUAUCUUACCUUAUACAGUCCCUCCAGAAAAAUGCGGCAUUUUUGUGAUUGUUGCGGUCAAAAAUCCUUGAUUAUGCGGCACGUUUUCUUGUAAAAUGCGAUGAAAUAUGCGGCAUAUUUAUGCAAUUUAUGCCAUAAAAAUUGCGGGAACAUGCAAAAAUUGCGGGAACUUGCGAAAAAUGCGGGAAAAUGCAAAAAAUGCAGCUUUUUGAUGACGUCGCGUUAUAACGUCACUUCAUAACAUUCCAAUGGCAACAGGGGGAAAUGGCUGCUCUUGUGUGAAGUAAACGCAACAUUUUUCAACUAUAUAUGUGCUACAAGUCACAAAUAUAUGUGACUUUUUUGCAACGAAAAUGCGGGGAUUAUGAAAUCAUGCAAGCCCCACAUAUUUUGCGCGGAAAUCAGCAAUAAAUGUCCGCAUAAAUAUGCGGACUUUGUAUGAUUAUGCGUAGAAAUUAUGCGAUCACAUAAUCGCGUUUUUCUGGAGGGACUGCUUAUAGACUGUACCUCUGACUGUUGCUGCAGCAGCAAAGUUUAUUCUGUCUAGGGGCUUUGUAUUGAUAUUUUGUAUUUACUUUUAUCAUCAACAUUCUUUCCUUAAAUUAUUAUGUUUAUAUUGAUUGUUUUAUAUAUAAGCGUCUGCCAAAUACUUAAACAACAUAUAUAAACACCUGAAAGUUUUUAUAUCAGCUAAAACUGUUUCACUGGAUUCAGAUAAAACCAAAUUCUGUCUUACCCAACAAUGUUAGCAUUUGAAAAUUGUUACUUGAAUGACUCAAUUUAUAUCAUGGUUACAAUUAUACUGUUAAGAAAGUUUUGUCUUAUACUUUGACUAAAAUGAGAAUGCGUCAUGAUACAAAUCUGCUGAUGGAAUGUUUAUUUGUGGAUGGAUGGAUGGAAUGGACUAGAGUUUGCAGUUGGGAAUUGAUACAGGACGAGUCAAAAUACAACAAAAAGCAGCCAGGGUAAAUGCAGACUGACCAUUUACCCUGUUUGCAAAAUAAGAGAAUAAAUUAAAAAAUGAUUAUCAUGGAAAAUAAAUCUAUCGCAUUAGGCCUGAUUAUCAUGAAUUAGGAGUGAAAUUCAAAAUAAAAUAAAAAAGCAGUAAGGGAAAUCCAGACUGACCAAUGUAGUGUACGCAAGGCAAUGUGAAUGUAAAAAAUGUCAAUAUCUGUGUGGGAUUAAAACCCUGAAAGAGGACUGUUUUGCAUAGCUUCUUUCUCGUACAUCCUUUCUGAAGUUCAAGAGAGGCGAGUUUGGCAAUGUGGUGCAACCGUGAGGCAUUAUCUUAUGAAACACAGACACAACCAAUGAGCAAGUCCGAAUGGUGGUUGUCGAUGCCAAACUGUGUUCCCCAAGCAGAAAUACAUCCUCUGUUCCAAUCUCCCCUCUGACCGCAUUUCUCACGUCCCAGCAGCCAAUUCUGCAUCUAUGUAUAGGAUGUCUGUAGACUCUAGUACCCAUUAGUGAUUAGUGUAGCCUGUAGUAGGCCUACCCAACAUUGAGUAGUUUAGACUCUAGUACCAGCAUUGAAAUUCAAAUUCAAAUUCAAAUUCAAAAAAACUUUAUUUGUCCCCAGGGGGCAAUUGAGGGCACAUAGCAGCAGCAUUACAAAUGACAGGGCCAUGUCCAAACAAAAAACAAACGAAAACACAGCAUUGCUACCUGGCAGACAAUACACACAAGCACAGGUGUCUACAAAUACACACAUUUAUAUAAAUAUGUAUAAAAUAUGCAAAGUGCAUGUUUAUAAAUGGAGAACUGACUCUUAAAAGUGUAUAAUGUGUCAAAUAUGACAUAAAUAUAAAGUGCAAUCAGUUAAUAAAUACCAUGCUGGUUAUAAUACAUUUGAGAUGAAUUGAGGCGAGGUAUUUAUGUUGUAACAGUUAAUGGGAGUGAGAGGGAAAACAGAGUUCACGGCUUCACCACAUUGAAGUGCUUGCUGGUACAUUGGAUUGAGUGGUAGUCUUCGGCUCCUAGUAUUGUAGUGUUGACUACUGUACCCAGUAUUGUAGUCUUGACUAGUAGAAUAUUAAGUAAGUGGUAUAGAAUUCAGU